AGUUUAACCAAGGUAAAGGUACUUUUUCAUGCAAAGGCAAUGUGUGGGCUUGUAUACUGUCAUAUGUACACUAUUAACAUGUCAUCAGAAACAUCUCUGGAUGAGUCAUUAUGUAGGUGCACAACAACCUAGCCAAACUUCCCUACUACUCUACAUCCUGUGCAAAACUGGUAUGUUUGUGCUUAAAACUCAUCAAUUUUUAUCAGCGAAUUUGUCUCUGAACCUUUAUGUUCUAUCCAGUAUGCAAAGGAAUUUUGUUAAUUAUUGGAAAUUUGUAUGUUUGACAACAUUAUUACCAGCGGUUGCACAGCGGGUAGCGUGGCCGACUCGCAACUCAAGGGUUUGAUCCAGAGCUUGGAUUACUGUCUGUGUGGAGUUUCACAUAUUCUCCUAGUGUCUGUGUGGGUUUCUUCCAGGUUUUCCUGAUUUUCUCCUCCCAAAACAAGAUGUGAAUGAUUAUUUAAAUGUGUGUCUGCUCUGGUUCCACUUUGACCCUGACCAGGAAAAUGUAGUUACUGAAGAUGAAUGAAUGAAUGAAUGAUUAUUGCCAUAUGACAGCAUUUAAUUGGCCUCCUCUUACAGUAUCUGUGCCAGAGACUGAUCAUACUUUGGAUGCAGAGUAGAUUAAAGGUAGAUUUUCCACAUCCUCAUCAAGUUUGAAGGUGAGACUUUUCUUUUUAAAGCAACUUUGCAUUCCUGCCUUUUCUUAAGUUUCUUAAGACUAAAAGAUUAAGACAUGAUACCAUGCAGGUGUAUGGGUUUUAUUAUUAUUAUUAUUAUUAUUAUUAGAGUCUACAGGUAGCACUGGUAGACACUGUUUGAUGGUAGGCCUAUACUUUUGCUGUUUAUAGUCUAUUCUGCUAAGUUUUCUUAAUUUUUCACAGUACCAUUCAUUAUAGCCAGGUUGAAGGAUACACUUGGGUUUUUUUUUUUUUUUUUUGAAGAACCACUGAAGGGAAGUGCUUACUUGUCCCAUAUGUGUAUCUCAUUACAUUGAACCAUACCCCUUUUUUUAUUUAUUAAUAAUUUGUUUUAAUAUAUUCGAAUCUGUUGUGAACCUUGCUACUUGGUUGGGUUAGCUAAAUGCAGUCCAAUGCACUUUCAAGAAUGCUUGCAAUUUUCAUCAGGAAUGUAAACCAUGCUCUCACAUCUGGCUGCUCAUUCCAGAUGGGUAGCCGGUAAGGGCUUUGGCUCGGUGUGUAUUAGCCAGCUAGCCAUCAUGGUUGGGGAAGAUAGGAGCCUGAGCUGAUAAACAAUAAAAACUGGAAUACUCUCCACUGAAAACAAACUACCGCCGCUCUGUGGUUAAACUGAGCUCAACGCCAUACUGGCAGGCAUGCGGAUCCGGCUGCAGAGGUCAGGCCAUGCGGCCCUGCUUCUAUCCGAGCUUAACCGCUGCCGCCUGUCACGACUCCUCUGUGACGUGGUUCUGCAGGUUGGAGGUCGAUCGUUCCCUGCCCAUCGUGCAGUCCUUGCAUGUGCAAGCUCUCAUUUCAGCAGCUUGCUAUCUAGGGCCCCAUAUGGCCAGAGUGGCACCCCUCCCACAUUCUCUUUGGACUUCAUCUCUGCAACCAACUUUGAGAAAGUGUUGACUUUCAUUUACACGGGUGAGAUCCUCACUGAUCUGAUAGAUGUCGGUGUGCUGUACGAGUUGGCAGAACGACUGGGUGUCAGGGAGUUGGUGCGGGCUUGCCAUGCCACCUUCCCAGAUAUGAAGAGCUCAGAUGGAGAUGUGGAAACGGACAUGACCCCUGCUAUCACCAUGGCUGCCUCCAUGUGCUCUUCAUCCGUGGCAUCCUGCUCUUCUCUGUCAUCUCCUGCUGCUCCCACUCCAGUCGCACCUUCUCCCCUCCCUCUAAGCCGAGGAAACAGGGUAAACCGCGCUCACGUCCCCCCCCUCUCACUCUCCCACUCACCUAAAGCAGAGGAUGGCUUUCAGCUACAUCUGAGCUAUAACCAGCUGGCAAGCAACAAACAGAACUCAUUGGAUAACCACCACUCUCAGGCUUCUGAGAUCCUCCCAGCUCUCAAUUUGCAGCUUAAAACUGAACAGGAAGAAGAGAAAGUGGAUGGGAACCACAGCUCAGAGGAACACGUCAUCAUUAAUGGUAACAAACCAGCACUUCCUGAAGCGUGUUCCAUUCCUGACUCAUCAGCACAGGCUGGAGGGGAAUCCUGCGCACCAUCAUCAUCCUCUGGUGACCCACUGGAUAGUCUGCAGCUUAGAGUGGUUGAAGGAGGUGUUGGACUUGGGGUUGGGGCAGUCAAAGAUGCCAUUUUGUUCGGGGAAGAAGACGAUGCAGAAAAAAGGAGCCUCCAUGAUGGGCCUCCAGAGGAUGGAGAGCAAUGGAGAGCGCUGGAGGGUGAUGUAAUAGAACUGAGCGACGAUGAAGAAAAUUACAUUGAAGAAGAGGAAGACGACGAAGACCUGAUGUGCAUAGAGAAUGGCAGAAGUGGUGUCUUGGUGAAUCAGGGCCAGUUGGCACCGUCAUCACAGCCCUGUAAAACUUGUGGAGUGUUGUUACAAGCAGAUAACAGUGUCUUACGCUCUCAUGCAGAGACGCACCUGUCUGAGACCGGCAGCUGCCGGGUGUGCGGCACUUCUUUCCCCGAUCGUGGGUCCAGCAUCGCUCAUGCCCUCACACACGUUGGCAUCCUGUUGUUUUCUUGUGAGAUAUGUGAGUUGCAGUUCUGCACUGAGGCUGAACUGAUCCGGCACAGGCGCCAGUCAGUGGCCCGAUGUAUCCCUCAAAUGCCCGAGCAGUUUAACAAUGCCACUCAGGGGCCUGGAGGGGAACUGCACUGUGUUGCGUGCGCUAAAUCCAUUCCCAAGGAUUUAAAGGCGGUCAGGGAGCACGUGCAGGGUCAUGUAUGUUUACGGACGUUGCGUUGUGGUGUGUGCCAGUCAACCCAACCCACGCGAUGUGCUCUUCUGUGGCACACGCUAACACACCUCCUUGCCAUCCACUCCUGCCCACAGUGUGCCUGUCCCUUUCUGGAGCGGCCUCUACUUGACACACACUUAGCCAUGCAUGCUGAACAAGGUGGAGCAGCCAAAGAGGAUGAAGGCAGUCAGGAGAGUACAGAAGGACAGGCUGAAUUUCAGUGCUUCCUUUGUCCACAGACCUUCCCUUCAGAUGCAGCUUUCCAUUACCACCUGAGCACACAUCCAAGUGAGCCCCAAACAUGGCCGGCCAAGCGCAAGGCAGACCAGCCACUGGAAUUUUCUUCCUCUUCUUCCUCUCCCCUGGAGCCAGGGAGCAUGGGUAAGCUCAGUGGCCUGGGCUUUAACCUGGGCACAUUUAUACCAGACAAAAUGAUUCAAGCUGGUAUGCCGUUCCCUGCUGGACUUUUACAGAAUGGCAGCUCUUCUGGUUGCCCUCAAAUGGGUGCAGUUCUGAAACAGAAGUGGUACCGCUGCAGGUAUUGCGGAAAGCGUUUCGCACACUCUGGCGAGUUCACCUACCACCUUCGCAUCCACACAGGAGAGAAGCCGUACCAGUGCAAGGUGUGCCUGCGCUUUUUCCGUGGCCGCUCCACCAUGAUCUGCCACUUGAAGACGCACGCCGGCGCCCUGAUGUACCGCUGCACUGUGUGUGGCCUGUACUUCUCAACGCUGAAGAUGGUCUCGUCCCACAUGGAACUCCACAAGGACCACCUACCUCCUGACUUCAGCAUAGAGGAGACGUUCAUGUACAACGACCACUCCAAAGAGCCGGUCCCUAAUCUGGACACCUGAAAUUUCGAAUCAUGUGCCUCAGUACUUAUCUGUAACCAUUGUUGAGGACUAAGUAGAAGUAGAAGCUAUUAAAUGUUUGAUGUGAUAGAGACUGGAGAUUGAAGUAGGUACUGUUAUUGAAUUGCCACUUGGUGGCAGCAUUUAUGUAUUCUGAGGGCGCACUGACUGGACUGUUCGCGUGGAUGUGAGGUUUGAUUAUUAGUUUAGGAUUACCUCUUGAUGUUCUUCCUUCUACUCAUUCUGUAAUUAAUAUAAGCUGAAUGUAUAUAUUCUAGAGUGUUACAACAGCAUAUUGUAUCACCAGUAAAUAUGGUAGUGUAAAUGGGCAUUGUAGAAAAAAAUGGAAGAUUCAAUAAGCGGACAAAUGAGGCAGAUACAAGCCUGUGCUCUGCUUUAAUGCCCUCAUAUAGAGGGUAAUUUUUAUAGAGUUGUGUUUUACUUGGUUAUUUAUUUUUUACAUUUUAUUUCAUUCAGUAUAUUCACUCUUUUUGUAUGGUGUGUUUAAAUUCAGCACAAAGUGCUCAUUUAUUAAUCAUGUGUUCUGUAUUAAGACAGUAUCGAGCAAGGGUGAACAUAAAGCAGUCCAUCAAAUCAUAGUGUAAACAGAGUAAGGAAUAAAUCCUGUGCAGUCUGUAUAGUCCUGUGAUCUUUUUUAUAAGCUUCCCAAGUGUUCACCUUUUAUUAUAUCGUAUUUUACUGAUAAUUGGAUUGAAAUAGCCAAGAUAAAUUGACACUUUGGUAAAUUUAAAGUUUGUGUAUGCUGAAAGCAGCAGGAAAAAAGUAGCAUUUUUAAUGUCAUUUCUAAUGUCACACACUGGUGACUGGUGUAGUCAGCAAUUCCAGUGUCAGGACCAACAGUGAGUUCAGCCGUAAUAUCUCUUUUGAGAAGUGUAAAAAUGGUACCCAUGGCCUCUUUAAGUGGGCUAAUUCCACAAUGUGUAAUAUUUUUUUAAUGUGAAAGCAGUAUCUUAUCAUACAAUUUAAGAUCUAUAACUAUUUAUUUAUUUAUAGCUUUUUAUGUUGAUACAUUAUAUUUUGUAAGGAGUGUUUUCAUUAUAAAUAGAAGCAUAUUACUUUGUUCUAGACUGUAUUUGUUUUGUAUGUGUUCUGAAUAAAAUUGAGCUGGCA